GGGCGGCGCGGUGGGGGCGGAGGGCUUGAGGUUCCACUGCAGCGGGGGCUCCUGUGUCCUUGUGCGGAAAUGACACACGGAGUCCCGUCACGUCACGCGAGAGCGCAGCGCACGGACACACACAAAGAGAGGGGAAAAUACACGGCGCCGCCCGCCCGCCGCCCCCAGCCAGUCGGCGGGGCCGUCCCGGCCAGGCCCUGCGCGCUCGGCCCCCACUGCGGCCCGCGCGCCCGCCCCCCGCACGUGGCGCCCGAACUCGGCGCGGGCCCGCUCCGCAAAGUAACAACUCUCGUCCCAGUGGAAUAGAAGAUGAACUCAACUGAAUUCGGUGAAGAUGUAGAAGAAGUUGUAAAAAAUAACGCUGUGAAGGUAGAGGGUGACGAUGCUGCGCUGGACUGCUCCCGGAACUCCAGGGCCUCCGAGAAGCACCCCUUGGACAGCGUCCUCACUGCCCUCCAGGAGUCCAGCAAGCGGAAGCAGCUGGGCAGCGACGGCCAACCGGACUCUGUCCCCAGUGUGAAGAGGAGACGGUUGAUACCCGAGGCUCUCCUCGCAGGCAUGCGCCAUCGUGAGAACAACUCACCCUGCCAGGGAAAUGGAGAGCCAGCCAGCCGGGGCAGGAGUGGCAGCUGCCUGUGGCCUGCCGAGGAAGAGCCUUCCAAUGAGGCCACCGCUCCUUCCUACAAGAAGCCUCUGUAUGGCAUCUCCCACAAGAUCAUGGAGAAGAAGAACCCUCCCUCUGGAGACCUGCUCAGCCCCUAUGAGCUCAUUGAAAAGGCAAACUCCAGUAACAGCCCUUCUCCUCUGCGCCUGCUGAAUGAGUCUCAGAAACGGGAAUGUGGUGCUGGGGUGGCCAAUGAUGGGGACCCCAAUAUCUACUUCCUGAUCCAGAAGAUGUUCUACAUGCUCAACACGCUCACGUCUAACAUGUCCCAGCUUCACAGCAAGGUGGACCUGCUCUCCCUCGAGGUGAGCCGCAUCAAGAAGCAGGUGAGCCCUUCAGAGCUGGUGGCUAAGUUCCAGCCCCCGCCGGAAUACCAGCUCACUCCCGCCGAGCUGAAGCAGAUCGUGGAGCAGAGCCUGUCCUGCGGCGACCUAGCCUGUCGCCUGCUCGUGCAGCUCUUCCCGGAGCUCUUCAGCGAUGUGGAUUUCUCCCCCGGCUGCAGUACCUGCGGCUUUGCCGCCAAGCGGAAGCUGGAGUCGCUGCACCUCCAGCUGAUCCGCAACUAUGUGGAGGUCUACUACCCCUCUGUGAAGGACACGGCUGUGUGGCAGGCCGAAUGCUUGCCACAGCUGAACGACUUCUUCAGCCGCUUCUGGGCCCAGCGGGAAAUGGAAGACAGCCAGCCAGGCGGCCAGGUCACCAACUUCUUUGAAGCCGACCAAGUGGAUGCCGGCCACUUCCUGGACAGCAAGGACCCGGAAGAAGCUCUGUCUCUGGACCGCAGCAGCACCAUCGCCUCAGACCAUGUGGUGGACACACAGGACCUCACCGAGUUCCUAGACGAGGCCUCCUCCCCAGGUGAGUUCGCUGUCUUCCUCCUGCACCGGCUCUUCCCAGAGCUGUUUGACCACCGGAAGCUGGGUGAGCAGUACAGCUGCUAUGGCGACGGGGGCAAGCAGGAGCUGGAUCCCCAGCGGCUGCAGAUCAUCCGCAACUACACGGAGAUCUACUUUCCCGACAUGCAAGAGGAGGAGGCCUGGCUGCAGCAGUGUGCCCAGCGCAUCAACGAUGAGCUGGAGGGCCUGGGGCUGGAGGGGGGCAGCGAGGGGGAGGCCGCCCGGGACGACUGCUACGACUCCUCCAGCCUGCCAGAUGACAUCUCCGUGGUCAAGGUAGAGGAUAACUUCGAGGGCGAUCGGCCCGGCCGGCGCUCCAAGAAGAUCUGGCUGGUACCCAUCGAUUUUGACAAGCUGGAGAUCCCGCAGCCUGACUUCGAGAUGCCCGGCUCAGAAUGCCUGCUGAGCAAGGAGCAGCUGCGGAGCAUCUACGAGAGCAGCCUGUCCAUCGGCAACUUCGCCUCCCGCCUGCUGGUGCACCUCUUCCCGGAGCUCUUCACCCACGAGAACCUGCGCAAGCAGUACAACUGCAGCGGUUCCCUGGGCAAGAAGCAGCUGGACCCCGCCCGCAUCAGGCUCAUCCGCCACUACGUGCAGCUGCUCUACCCGCGGGCCAAGAACGACCGCGUGUGGACUCUGGAGUUCGUGGGCAAGCUGGACGAGCGCUGUCGGCGCCGGGACACGGAGCAGCGGCGCUCCUACCAGCAGCAGCGCAAGGUCCACGUGCCCGGCCCCGAGUGCCGCGACCUAGCAAGUUAUGCAAUCAACCCCGAGAGGUUCCGAGAGGAGUUUGAGGGGCCCCCACUGCCUCCUGAAAGGAGCAGCAAAGACUUUUGCAAAAUCCCCUUGGACGAGCUGGUGGUGCCCUCGCCAGACUUUCCGGUGCCUUCCCCCUACCUGCUGUCAGACAAGGAGGUCCGUGAGAUCGUGCAGCAGAGCCUGUCCGUGGGCAACUUUGCUGCCCGGCUCCUGGUCAGGCUCUUCCCCGAACUCUUCACCGCCGAGAACCUUCGGCUGCAGUACAACCACUCCGGGGCUUGCAACAAGAAGCAGCUGGACCCCACGCGCCUGAGGCUCAUCCGUCAUUACGUGGAAGCGGUCUACCCCGUGGAGAAGAUGGAGGAGGUGUGGCACUAUGAAUGUAUACCCAGCAUCGACGAGCGGUGUCGCCGCCCCAACAGGAAAAAGUGUGACAUCCUCAAGAAAGCCAAGAAAGUGGAGAAGUGAGAGAGAGGGCUGGGCCGCCCAGGGACUUGGGUCACCACAGGCUGAGCAAUGGGUGGGGACCGAGCAUUGCUCCGGAGCUCGUACGGUACCCACAGACAGGCACCUUAUGUCGGUGGGGAGUGGUUUCCUACAUUUGCACACUUAACACCUACCCAGCCACAAGAAAGAAGCCUUGAAUUCGGUCUCUUGUAUUCACGACUUUAUUCUGUGAUCCCCGGUGGCACAGCCGGAGUCUGGGAGUAGCCAAGCUGUGAAAUCCAAGAAUUGACAGGGUAGGUCCCUCCUCAGGGCUGGGGCGCCCUCCCUAACCCUCACAAUUCAAAAUACAGAUUUAGACUAGAUGUGGUAGCCCACACCUCUAGGUGGAGGCCAUUGGACCUCUGUGAGUUCAAGGCCAGUCUAGUCUCCAUAGUGAAUUCCAGGCCAGCAGGGUUACAUAAUGAGACCCUGUCUCAAAAACAGCAAAAUACAAAUUCAGCAGCUUGUUUCUCUCCCAUGUUUUACAUCUUCCAUUUUUAUCUUUUUUUUUUUUUCUUAAUUAAAAUGAAAUCCUUUUAAAGAAAAUCAUUGGGCUCUUGGGAGCCAUUUUAUUUAGGGGGAAAAAAUCUUAAGAUGAGAUACUGUAAGAUUACUUAAAUUGCUGGAAUUUUUAAAGAUGAUUUUAGAUUUAUGCUUUUUUUUUUUUUUCUUUAAAAACAUGCCAUAUUCAGGCGUUAUGGGUAACUGUGGCUUCGGGUGACACAGGGACUAGUUUACGAAUCCUGUGUUUGACACCUGAUUUUGGAAGAGUCCAGAGGCCCCUUGGAUCCAGCAGACAGGAUGGAAUGGAAGUACUAGAAGUGGUGUGUAGCCCCUGAUGCUCUGAGUCCCCCUUCUGCCGUGGCCCCCGAAAGGUUUCCGGGGGCUCAGCCUGUCUGCUGCCCUGUGGUGCUCACUGUAGACAGAACACUGGAAGAAGAUAUGAAUGUAGAUAGAUGUGGAGGCCCAGUUCACACAUGAGCUGCGUCCUCCACGGCCCUGUUCCCUCUGCACACAGAGAUGGGACACAAUGUGUAGGGGCAUCUUUGUGUGACUGAUGGGUGGGCUUCUCUUGGUUCACCAAGAACUGUUUACUUCCCAUGUAUUUGUACAAAGCCCUGUCCCCAGACCUCAGUGUUAGCUCCUCCCAUGAGCAGCAUGGCCUUGUACCUCGAAGAGCCCAGGGCUCUUCUGCGGGUGUCGGAAGGACCCAGACCACCUUAAAUGGAGCGCCCCUGCCCCUUCCCAGCCCCACUCCGACCUCCUCACACCUUCCAGGAAGUUCUGCCGUCCUGGCCCGGCACACCCCGGCCGUGGAGGCACACACGUCUUCUACCCUCCACCCUGGGCCAGAGCUAAGAAGGAAAGGAAGUAGUGUCUCCAAACUGAAUCCAUCUACCAUUGACCUAGAAAUGAAUUGAGUUGCCUGGGUAGUCAGAAAAGCCUCGUGGGACAUUUCAAAUGUGGUAACUUAGUGGCUUACUAUUUUGCUACCUUAAUAUGCAGAAAUGAUAGAAAUAAUCUAUGAAUUUUCUCAAGAAGAUAAGAACUUUAGUUCUAGUAGACAAUAUGACAUGAUUUUGCAUGUACCCAAUGGGCAUUUAAAAAAAAUAACAUAAUUUUGAAUACUAUAAAGCUUCUAUUCACUGUCAUUUUCAGGUUAUUUAUGCUGUAACUGUAAACCUAAAUUAUUGAUGUUGAGAAGUACACAGGGCCUUCAUGGCUCUCUGUCACAUGACCACACCUGCAAACAUAUCUCCUUACUAAAAAGUGAGGGCGGGUGCUCCACAAAAAAGCAACCUUCUUUGUGCCCAGAAAGAAGGUCACAGGGGCAUCCAGAAGACUCCCCCUCCCCUUACUUGGGCCUCUCUCCAAUGCCUUAGUCUCUCUCUCUCUCACACACAUGCACACGCGCGCACACACACACGCACACGCACGCUCGCAUGCAUGCAUGCACACGCGCACACACACACACACACACACACACACACUACCCCAAAGAUGGCUGUGGCACUCUCUCACCCUUCCGCUAGUCAGAGAGAAUUCCAUGGAUUUGUUCUGGUCUUGAGGAUAUAACCAAGAGGAUUCCAAGCCAUGUGGAAAUUGUCCUGCUUUCUGGAGUGGAGUGUGGCCCUGCAGCGUCAGAAGCACAAUCGGUUACUGAGUUCUUACAAGUCCUGUCUGCUCACAGCAGAGAGACGGCAGGUUCUAGGAAUUAAGCAUGACCUUUUGUAACCCAGAGCGUGUUAAAUUCUGGGAAACUGUAUUUUAGUUUCCUUAACACUUUAACUAUGUAGGGCUUCACACCCCACCCCACCCCCGCACCCCGAAUCUCAUUGUCCCUUUCAGUGAAAAGAGGCGGACACUCUGGGAGCUGAUUCCUGCCCCCUGGACUGUAUGGUAUCCUCACUUCCCAUCCAUACAGGUGGCUCCAGGGGGCAUUUUUUUUUUCAUGAAGCAAUAUAGAUAUAAAAUACUUAUUUUUUCAGAAUUUAAUGGGUUUCAUGAAAUCUGUUGGCGACUGCUUUCCUUGUUCCCCGUCUAAAUUCUUCAUUUUGUGUUUUGGAUUAUUUUUGCCUUGUGUACAGAGGAUUCAAGAUUAGCACAGACAUUCUGACGUUGACUAAGCUAGCAUGUCACAGUGGGUGGUAGAGGUCUUGCUUUUCUCUGUUAGGAAGUUGUUAACGAAUGUAUGAAUGUACAGUGUUCGAAUCCUGCUCUUAGUUCACGUGGCCGUGUCUGUAAGAUGACAGAUGUUCGUCAGGGAGUCAAGUGUCUAGUGUCGUUAGUGCCCAGUGCCCUUCCCCUUCAGUGUUGAGCCCCAAACCUUCCUUUCCUUUUAAGUUAGGGGGUGACGGGUUUAUAUCAGCAGCAAUCAUCAACCGACCAAUGGGAUCUACUUGGUGGUGACUGGAUUUGGCCUGAUCACACCACAGUGCGGCUGCUUGGGUCCUUGUAGAAAUAGCCUCAGUUUCUACCAUUCCCCCAGAGAUUGCUUUUCGCCUGACUGAGAGGGACCUGGAGACUCCUGGUUGGAGGUCCCUGGGUCAUUCUGAAGUGGGGGUGAGGGCCCGGGGGCUGGUACUGCUGUGGGAAGUCCUUGCCCCUCGUAGAUCCAGCCUUAAUGUCUGACAUCCCAGCCCGAGCAGACCCUGCACAAAGUGGAUAUCAGAGUUACUACUGUGAGGAGUAAAUAACGAGGAUAGUUUUACCAAAGAGAUGAGAUACCACAUCCUGUCUGCCUGUUACUAUGAUUGGAGUGCACCCUUAGAAAACUGAAUGUAACACAAACCAGGACAUUUUUGGAAAUUGUAUGCUCUCUAGCAACUUUGUGUGAAUUUUUAUACAAGCACUGUUUUAUUAAUUAUAUAAAAUAUAAAAAUAGAAAAACU